UUUGGUCCUAUCUUUGUUUUGUCAUGUAUGGUAUGUGUGUGUAAUGAUAUGUGUAUUUAUUCCAGAUAUACUGUAUUUUUUUCUAGAAUAUACCAAAGUAUUGAGUUGAUAAUAUCUCAUGAUUUUCAGUGUCUUUUCAUCUAUCUCUCAUAUACACACAUGCAGAGUAUUGGUUUUUGGGUGUAUAUCUCUGAGCUCUUUUUAGUCAGUUAGGGGUUUUCUCUUGGUGAUUAGGUCAUUCUUAAAGGGGUUAAGGUAUGUGCAUCAAUUUCCCUUUGAUUGCUUCUUGCUGAAUUUGAUGAAUUAUCUUUUAAUGCUUCAUCCUUGACCGGGGUCUAUCGCAAAUCGCCUCUCUACCCAGGAUGGAGACGCAGAACCUGGAACGUGGACAUGUAAUUGAGGUACGUUGUGACAUGGCAGCUCAAGAAAAGGGGACUAAAAUCUGUGGUUCAGCACCGUGUGGAUUCUCAGAUGUUAACACCAUGUCUAAGGAUGCACAGGAGAGAUCGGCAUCCAUGAGGAAACUUUGCAUCGCGGUUGUCCUCUGCAUCAUUUUUAUGGCUGUCGAGGUUGUUGGUGGUAUUAAAGCCAACAGUCUGGCAAUAUUGACCGACGCUGCUCAUCUACUAUCAGAUGUUGCAGCUUUUGCAAUAUCCUUGUUUUCACUCUGGGCAGCAGGAUGGGAAGCUAAUCCACGCCAGUCCUAUGGGUUUUUCAGAAUCGAGAUACUCGGGGCAUUAGUUUCUAUCCAAAUGAUAUGGCUUCUAGCUGGGAUCCUUGUUUAUGAAGCCAUUGCUCGUCUUAUACAUGAUACAGGUGAAGUUCAAGGCUUCCUCAUGUUUGUGGUGUCUGCAUUUGGAUUAGUAGUGAACCUUAUCAUGGCAGUCUUGCUAGGUCAUGAUCAUGGCCACGGCCACGGCCACAGCCACGGUCAUGACCAUGGCCAUGAACACGGCCAUAAUCAUGAAGAACAUGCUCAUAGCCAUUCUGAUCAUGAGCACGGCCAUGGCGAGCAUACGCAUAUACAUGGAAUUAGCGUUAGCCGACACCAUCACCAUAAUGAGGGACCUUCGAGCCGAGAUCAACACUCCCACGCACAUGAUGCAGAUCACACCGAGCCUCUACUUAAGAAUUCAUGUGACGGUGAAGGUGUGCCAGAAGGUGAAAAGAAAAAGAAGCAGAGGAACAUAAAUGUUCAGGGGGCUUAUCUUCAUGUACUAGGAGAUUCUAUUCAGAGCAUAGGGGUCAUGAUUGGGGGAGCUAUUAUAUGGUAUAAACCAGAGUGGAAAAUCAUUGAUCUAAUUUGCACUCUCAUUUUCUCUGUAAUUGUGCUCGGGACAACCAUUAGGAUGCUUCGGAGUAUUCUUGAAGUAUUAAUGGAGAGCACACCCAGAGAAAUUGAUGCAACAAGGCUCGAGAAGGGGCUCUGUGAGAUGGAGGACGUUGUCGCAAUCCAUGAAUUGCACAUAUGGGCGAUUACAGUCGGCAAAGUGCUCCUGGCUUGCCAUGUCAAGAUUAAGCCCGACGCUGAUGCUGACACGGUGCUGGAUAAGGUGAUUGAUUAUAUUAAGAGGGAAUAUAACAUUAGCCAUGUAACCAUUCAAAUAGAAAGAGAGUAAUGGCAUGGAAGAGUUUAUUUUGGCUGUUGCACUGGUCAUUGGCUUCUUUAUUCUUUCGAAUAGUAGUUUAAAAGGAAAACUUGAUCUGGUUAAGCGGUUCCAGUAUCUGUUUCAUUUUGGUAAAUCAUGGUUUUAAUUUUAUGGCAAUAGCAAGGUGUCUAGCUCUAUUGGAAUCUGAUUGAAUCAUUUGUUGGCAACUCUGGCGGAUGGCUUUGAUCUAACUGAUUGUAAUGAGGAAAGUAUAGUUCUUUCAUCAGGGCUGGUUAUUAACAAGUGUUAUAUCUGUAGUUUCGUUUCA